CCGCCGCGCGUGUGGGGUGGGCCUGGGUGGGGUUUGCGGGGGUCGUGGCCGUAAAGAAACGUCCCAGGCCGGGAAGGCGCCAGCGCUGGCGGCGAACUGAGCCGAGUGUUGCGGGGCCGACCCGCCGACGGGGACUGAGGUGCUGACCGCGAGCGGCGCGCCUGGAGGACCGACUGACGGGCAGCGAGCGGGACCGACGCGCAGACCGAGUGUAGAACUCACCGGUCGCACGUGGGACCGACUGGCCGGCUGUGUGUGUGCCUGAGAGGUUGUGCUUCUGCGUCGGCGCGUGCGGGUGUGCGCUUCCUACCGACAGCGUGGCAGUGGGUGACCGUCGGACGUGGGGUGCGGCUGACGGCGACGGGGGUCGGAGGUUUCGCGGGGGUGUCGUGUGAUGCGAGGAGAGCGCGGGGGUGCGGCCCGCCGCGUGACUUCAGGCGGGACGCAGAGCGUCCCUGGCUGAGACGGUGGUCAGGGACUGUGAGUGACUGUGGGGGAAUUCCACUGGUGAGUGACACAGAAGUGUGCUCCUGGGUGGCUGACACGGUGCCUGAGGCAGGGUGUGCGCCUGUCACUGCGGGACUAAGAUUUUGUCAGGGUACUGAGAUGCGGGUGAUUUGAAGAGUUUGCCAAGGAUGCGACGGAGAGUUUCGCUUCCGCCCGUCUGCAGCCGGAAUUGACCGCGGUCCCCAGCCGUCUUUGUGGAUAUGUUCCCCAGCACCGGCCGUGGGCCCGAGUCUGGCAGGAGGCUGUGGAGUGUCAGGUUGGUUGUUCACCCCGUGUCUGCAGUGUGCCAGGCCGGUACUGGACGUCUGUCGCGGAUCGCCUUGGGUAACCUCACAGCAGCCCUCUGAGGUAGGUGCCGCUUACCAGGUCGGUGACUCGCAAGGACAGAGAAAUGGAAGAACCGCUCUGCUCAGUUGGUUGAACACUCAUGGAUCGAGGACCUUGACCUGAUGUGAGACCCGGUUCCAACGUUCCAGCCAUUCUGUGCCUCACUGGAGUGCUGCUGCUUGAUGGCCAUCCCCAAGAGCCCUCUGAGCCCCAUGCCCUGGGAACAGGAUGGUUUCCUACGUGUGAAGGUGGAGGAUGAGGAGGCUAGCCUCUCUGAGGUCCAGGAAUCUAGCCCUGGCCACACUGUCCACCCUGAGGCUGCACGUCUUCGCUUCCGGCGCUUCUGCUAUGAGGAGGCAUCCAACCCACAUGAGGCCCUGGCCCAGCUCCGUGAACUGUGCCACCAGUGGCUGCAGCCUGAAGCACAUUCCAAGGAGCAGAUGCUAGAGUUGCUGGUGCUGGAGCAGUUCCUGGGUGCACUGCCACCCAAGAUCCAGUCAUGGGUGGGUGCCCAGUUCCCCAAGAGUGGUGAGGAGGCUGCCAUGCUGGUAGAAGGUCUGACUCGGUCACUGGACAAGACAGGACAGGAACCAGGAGCUGAGCUCUCAGAGUCAAGCUGCAAGCAGAAUGAUUUGGAAGAGUCCGAGCCACUGGGUAGGGCCACUGAAACCCUCACGGGAGGUGGUUCCCUGGGACCUGCAUUUGGUGAUGCUCGUGAACCUGAGGGCAGCUCAGAGAGGCAGGCAGGACUCUCAGGGGAAAUCUGGACAAAGUCUGUCCCCCAAGAGAUGGAUUGCAGGAAAACUUCAGAGCCUCACAAGGAUGUUCCCACAGACCAGACCAGCUGUGAACCUGGUGCCUUGGGGAAUAGUCCCAACAUGUGGCCAAAUUUCGUCUCACAAGAGAAGACACCAGAAGAGAAAUUUGAUCCAUUGGAUGGUUAUGGGACGGAGUCGCCAUGCGUAUACUCAAGGAGGAAGUCUUCCAAGUGUGGUGAAUGUGGGAAAACAUUCCAGAGCCCCUCCGCCCUCAAAGCACACCAGAAGAGCCAUUUUCGGAAGACACCCUACACCUGUAGUGAGUGUGGGAAAGCCUUUAGCCGGAGCACUCACUUGGCCCAGCACCAAGUCAUCCACACGGGGGCAAAGCCCCAUGAGUGUAAAGAGUGCGGGAAGGCCUUUAGCCGGGUCACCCACCUAACUCAGCACCAGAGGAUCCACACUGGAGAAAAACCCUACAAGUGCAGAGAAUGUGGCAAAACCUUCAGCCGCAGCACCCAUCUCACCCAGCACCAGCGGGUGCACACAGGGGAGAGGCCCUAUGAGUGUGACGAGUGUGGGAAGGCCUUCAGCCAGAGCACCCACCUGACUCAGCACCAGCGCAUCCACACCGGGGAGAAGCCCUACAAAUGUGACGCUUGUGGAAGAGCCUUCAGUGACUGCUCAGCUCUGAUCCGCCACCUGAGAAUCCACUCUGGAGAGAAGCCGUAUCAGUGUAAGGUUUGUCCAAAGGCCUUUGCACAGAGCUCCUCCCUCAUUGAGCACCAGAGAAUCCACACAGGAGAGAAGCCGUACAAGUGCAGCGACUGUGGAAAGGCCUUUAGCCGCAGCUCAGCCCUUAUGGUUCACCUGAGGAUCCACAUCACAGUACUGCAGUAACCCAAGAAAACCCUCGGGACACAGUAUCCUCCCCUCAGAGGCUCAACAUCUAAGAAAAACCCUGAGUUCCAAAAGAACAAAGAAUGGGGUGGGUGAUUGAUAGUACCCCAAAAUGAUGAGGUGCUAAAGGGCAGACUCUGCGGCUGUCUGGGAACAACUCUGCAUUUGGAGACCCCGAUGGAGGAGCCUAAUGAACACAAAGCUAUUCAAACCAUCUGGAGAAGCUUCCAGAAGGAUCCUGCUGCCCUCCAUACCCCACUCAGGCCCAUCUCAGAGAAAGGACAGCUGAGGUGAGGACUUGGAUUUGUCUUCAGAGCCAGGGCAAGUGAAGUUUCUUUUGGGACUCAGUGGUCCCAAGAUGCUCUGGGCAGGAGGGCUCCAGCUUCAUGUUCCCAUGUAGCUGUUCUUGCCUUUUCCUCCCCUGUUUAGCCCAGGAGGGGUACUGGCCCUCGCCCACCUCCGUGCCUUCACGCCUAUUGUUUCACCCCACCUAUUCACGACUAACUCUAAGGCCAACCUGUGAGGCUGCCUCUUAUGUGAGGCCUUCUCCGGGCCCUCUAUCUGUUUCACAAUCUCCCUUAAUUGAGGGUGCAGCCUGAUGCUUGCCCAGCAUCCAUUUCUCCCUGCCCUCCCCUUCCACAUCCCAUCAGUCAUCAGCCCUGUUGGUUUUACUGAAAACUCACCUCUAAUCAUCUUCUCCACCUUCAUCACUUUCUGUGAGCCCUCAUCACCUCUCAUCUGGAUUCCAUCUGGGGUCUCUUGCCUUCAUUCUCUCCCCCGACCUCUCCCAUUGUGUGAUUCUCCACACCAGGGGGCUCUUUCUACAACCCAAACCUGAUUGUGUCACUCCAUGGUGGAAAGCUCUUCAGUGUACCUUCUACGACAAACCUUCCUGAAUGGUUUAUAAGUAUGCCAAGACAUAACUCACUUUGAGCCCCGAACAAGCUCUCCAGGUACCCUCAUAUGUACAUGUGAAUAUUGUCGUUUUUGUGUGUGUGCAGUGAUAUGAAAAUGGUUUCAGAGUACUGCCCUGUGGGAAUAAUGGCAAACUCCUUCACCUGCCAUUUAUGAUCAUUUGUGACCUGGCCCCAGCCUUGUCUAUCGUAGUCCCCCCACCUUCCACACACCAGUCACGUGGAACUACUUGUGGUUCCUGAAGAAGCCAUAUUUUUCCCACCUACGUGCCUCUGUAACUGUGCCUGCAAACCUCCUCUUCUCUUUCCUCCCUGGCGUUUCACAUAGCCCUCCCUAACAAAGCCUCCCCUACCUCUCUGAGCUGACUUCAACUUGCCUUCUAUGCUUCCAGAACACCUCCUUAACUUCUCUUCAACUUCCUGUCAUGUUUAUUUACUCCUUGCAGAGCUCGCAGUCUGUUUCCUAAAGACACUGAGAGCUUCCAAAAGCAGGGACUGGGUCUUAUUCUCAGUACCCAUAGCACAGGACUCAGUAGGCUCUGACCUGUGUCUUCUGAAUGAAUAUACUGUGACCGGUGCCUUCCUGGAGGCAGUCAUCAUGCUCCGCCCUGCGUCGGCCUGAUGUAUGUCUACAUUGUUGUCUCCCCCAACAGCCCUGGGCCCUGCAGGGCAAGAGCAAUCUGAUUUUCCCAGAGCCCCACCCAUCAGACAAGCCUGGCAUACAGUGGCCUCGAUAAAAUGUUACCAUAUUGAGUCUGCCUUUUCUGUCACCCCAGAAUCCCCCUGGUGUCAUGGACUCUGUGGUUGCCAGCAUGCUGUCAGUGCGCUGUCUGGCCUCUCACGGUUCUGUAUCCCUGACCCUCUUUCAGGGUCCAUGUCUGUAACUGAAUGUCACAGCCUCUGUUCUUAACUGUCAGGUUGUCAAUCUUCCUCUCUUUGAUGAUCCUGUUGCAUGUUAACCAUUUGACCUGCCAUACAGUUGUGUACUGCUCAUAUCUCCCUGUGUUUCUUCUUGUGUCUUGGACUUGUCCCCUCUGUGUCACAAGUAAAGAGUCACAGAAACCAAGGAGUGAGGUUCAGAACAGGAAGGUUGAGACCCAGGGAAACAGAUCUUGUGUCAGUAUCUCUGAGAGAGUCCCAGAUACACCUGCCCACAGGCAGACUGCCACACAGUGAAGCCAAGGCUGAGAGACGCAGAGAAUGUUAACAGGGAAAAGCUCAGAUGAGAGAUACACGUUGCUGGUGAAACAGUCACACAGGCCUCCAACAAGCCCGCAGGAAGUGGAAAAGAUGUAGGCCCAAGUCACGCUGCAAUCAGCACUCCUCCUCAGGGCUGCUUUUGGGACCCCGGGUAAGUGACUUCCCUGAACCUCAGUGACCUGCCCAUCUGUAAAGCAGGAAUAAGAUGACCUGCUUUGUGCAGCACCCAACCCAUGGCCUGGCCACUGGCUCUGACUUGGAGCAUCUGUCUCCACCUCCUGCCCUCACUCUCCUGGUGUUUGGCACUAAAGAGCAGAAUCUCCACCUCUGGUGCUCUGAGCAUCUCCAGGACCCACUUUGUCAUAAGAUUUGUGUCUUCCCAUGUUUGUCUAAAGGGGGAAGAGGUCAGGGGAAAAAAGGAAUCUUUACUGAGCGUCCACAUGUGUUGUUCAGUCUGCCAGAUAAUUUAUGUGCAUCAUCUCCCAACACUGAGGGCAGGACCACCAUCCCCACCAUAAGGGACAUGGGGUUGGAGAACAUGAGCGGCCCUGAUGUGUACGCUGACAGAGACUGGACACACUGGGAUUUGAAAGCACAUCCAAAUAUGUCAGCAAUUUCAAUAAGCACUACUUAUCAACAAAUAAAGUAAGACAAAUACUAA